UGCGCUGAGUUGUUGAGAUUUCCGGUACCCUAUAUUAUUGCUGAGAACAAUCAGGUUCAAAAUGAAAUGAAAAUCAUUUGAAGAUAUGAACUUUUGCUUCACAAUUAUUCUUGUUCAAAAUCCAACUCCUAAGUUAUGACGGUUUUAUUUUUGGAAAUAGCAGACCCCCUCCUACGCAGCUGUUCAAGUGUCUUCAGAGUAUGAUUGGGACUGGAAAUAAUCAGCCUCGGCAAGAUGGUGGUGAUAUCAGCUCGCCUGUGACAGCAUGGUCGUUGCCCCCUAACCAGGUCCUCAAGGUGAAUUCUGAUGCAGCAGUUUCAGUAGAUUGCAAGCUGUCCGUAGCUAGUGCGGUCUUUCGUGACUCCACAGGGGCUGUCCUGCGAUGCGGAGUUACUAUUCUGCAUGGUGUUCUGAGUGCAGAAUUAGCUGAAGCAUAUGUUGUCAGGUUUGGACUACUUCUGGCUGCUCCUCUCCGUUUUUCGAAGCUCAUUUGAGUCGGACGCUGCCCUUGUAGUGAAUAAGCUGUUGAGAGGUGAUGAAGGCGGUGCAAUUGAUAACGUCCAACUUAUCAUUGAAGAUUGUCUGCCAAUUGCAAUGGUCGAGAUGUUAGCUUCAAGCACAUUUAUAGAGCGGGCACUCAAGUGGCUCGCUCUCUUGCUAAGUGGGGCGUCUUUUUUGGCAAAGAUUGUAUUUUUGAUGGUAACAUUCUGUAUCCGGUUUGUGAACUUGUUAAUCGUGGUUCGUAAUCAAUAAAGUGGAAUUUUGAUUCUAAAAAA